UAUUUCCGACAAGGAGUCAAGUCAGGCAGCCGUGAGGACGGAAACCAAAUUCACCAUUGUCGUUGAGCUGCUGCCAUUGUGAUUCUUCACAUGUACUCGGCUCAUUGACUUCAGUCAGACUUUCCAGAUCCCGCCAUGAGUGUCGCUUACUUCUUACUACUGAGCAGUCUUGCCCUUGCCAUUAACGCUCAAGCUCAAAACUGCUCCGCACCAGUAGGAGGAGCCAACAUGGGAUUGAAGGGCAGUGACAUUCUUUUGAAAACGUUCCCAAAUGGGCUCAAAGUUUCUUUUGCCUGUGAUACUGGCUACAUAACCAGAGGAGGGUCUCCAAUCAUUACUUGUACUGAUGGCAGUUGGAGUCCUGUGAACCUGAAAUGCGAGAUAAGGAGCUGUGGCAAUGCUGGAGAAGUGGCUAAUGGACAUGUUGGUUACCCUGAAGGGAGUGACUUUGGCGCUAAACUAGAGGUGACCUGCAAACCUGGUCACAGAUUGGUUGGCAGAAGUCUCAACAUCAUUUGUGGAGCUGAAGGGUGGCAUGGCAGGUUGCCUGAAUGUGAAGUGGUGAAUUGUAGUCCGCCAGAUUCAGUAGUGGCUGGCACUUUCAGUCCAAUACAGGAAUCCUAUCACUUCCAACAAGUUGUACAGUUCAGUUGUGACAACGAUUAUACACUCGAUGGACCAAAAUCAUUAUCCUGUUCAGAGGAUGGAACAUUUAACCCCGCUCCUCCAACAUGUGUCUCGGUUCAGUGCAAAGAUCCCGAUAUAAAAAAUGCUGCCUGGGAUGGGGGUUCUCGGCCUCCUCACAAAUACAUGUCUACGGUGACUUAUAGGUGCGUAUCUGGGUAUACUAUGAAAGGAGAGCGCACCCUAACAUGUGGAGUAGACGGUCAGUGGUUACCUGGACUUCCAACAUGUGAACGUACUACUGGCCUGGAUGAAAAACCUCACAACAAUGGAAACCUGGUGAAAGUGUUGGUUAUUGUUUUGGCUGUCAUUGUUAUUGUCCUCGUUAUCGUUGGAUUGGUUAUCUGGAGACUUCGGGCAAUCAACAAACGACGCUCUGGGAGAAGCUAUCCUGACAAUGCCGUUCCAAAAGAAGGAGAGGAGGUAGCGCUCUCGUAGGUGUCCUGUUGGUGCCGCACUGCUUGCUGUAAGAGCGGCCGGUUGAGGAGAUGGUGCCACUAGACGAGUCUUUGAAUGUACCUGCGUCGUCCAUGUGCACGUGGACGGCACACAGUCUCGUGAAAGCCGCUGAAAAGUCUUGAGAUUCAGAAAGCUCAGCAAAUGGCGCUGAAUACUUGCAGUAACUCAUGCUUAUGAGCCACUACUCUUCUAGUUUGUUGACAAUAAUUCAUAACUACUUUUUCUGUUGCACUUAAUUUAAUUCAGUGAUGUUUGGGAUGACUUCCCUUUCCUUUACAUCGCAGCACUGAUUCAAUGGUAUAAUUAUGAAGGAGGGAGAUUUCAUGUUCGCUAGAGGGGCUCUAACUCCGUGUUGGUUUGCACUGCUCCGGGCAUAGCUUUGGUCAAUUUAGCUCGACGGGGACAUCAAACGAGCAAAAUCGGUAAAGAAUGUUUCCAUGCUUGACCUUUUUUGAAUACUGCUGUUGUGAUUAAAAUUGAUUUGUGUUAAACUCUGAAACACUCAAAAUGGCUGAGACCUGAGUUUUACUUAGGAACACGGUGGACUUACUUUUAUUAGAAAUGACACCAUUCGUGUAGCUGAAAUGGAAAUAAUGAAUUCAUUAGAAAAGACAUUUGUGUAAAAGAGACCUGCUGAGGCCUCCUCUUUGUAGAUUAAACUUCCACCUUCCUAGAGAUAAUCCAAGAAUCAAGUAUUGCCUAAAUAUAUAGCCCGUUCCAUAUGCCUUAAUGCAAAAAGCCAAGUGUUUUAGCUUGUCAGUUGUUUGUUUUUUAAUGGGGGCUUAAUUGUGGGCCCACCUUAGCUUAAUGUUUAUGCUAAAUAGCCAUGUUAAAUGCCAUGUUUGGCACAGUUUUCUGUGUAGCACUAUAACUUCACCAAAUGUAUUUAAGCAAAGAAUUAUUAGUUAAAACUUCCGCCCACCCUCAAAGUACUGGCUUUGUAGACGUCUCUUCUAGAGUGUCAGUUUAAUAUUGUCUGACUCCACACACACGAAGAAGCAUACUUUAAAAGUUUUGGGACACGGGCGUGGUUUCUGUGGUGACGGAUCAUUUGUAUUUAUUGAAAAAAUGUUUUUCAGAACAUCUCGGCAAGAUUAUUUGGUGGCAGGUUUUUAUGUUGGUACUAGCUUUUGUAAAUAAUGAAAUAAAACAGACAAACAAUGCAA